GUAAGGAAAGCCGCUGGUUCAAACAUCUGUGUAAAGUAUUCAGCAGCAUCAUGAACUUUUUGGCUGUUCUACACUGUGUGAUACUUAUUUCAGUUUGUGAAAUACUUGGAGAACAUCGAACGAACGCGGGAAUGUGCUGGCUGCAGCAGGGUCCGGAGCACCGCUGUGACAUGGUGCUCAUGAGGGGUGUGAGCAGGGAAGAGUGCUGUGCUGCUGGCCGUCUGGACACUGCCUGGUCCAAUACCAGUCUACCCAUUAAUGAAGUCAGCCUGCUGGGAUUCCUGGGAAUAGUUUCCUGUAAGCCGUGUAAAGAGAACUGUGAGGGGGUCAACUGUGGCCCUGGAAAGGUGUGCAGGAUGAAGUCUGGACGUCCCCAGUGCGUGUGCUCUCCGGACUGUUCCAACAUCUCCACUAAACAUGCCGUGUGUGGGAGCGAUGGGAACUCGUACAUAGACGAGUGCGCACUCCUGAUGGCUCGCUGCAGAGGUCACCCUGACCUGGAGAUUAUGUACCAGGGGGAUUGCAAAAAAUCCUGCUCAAAUGUCGUAUGUCCUGGUACACAUACCUGUGUGACGGACCAGACCAACAGCGCCCACUGUGUCAUGUGCCGCACUGCGCCCUGCCCGAUGCCCAUGGUCACUGAGCAAACCAUCUGCGGCAAUGACAACAUUACCUACCCAAGCGCCUGCCACCUGCGUAGGGCUACCUGCUUUUUGGGUCGAUCCAUAGGGGUCCGCCACUACGGACACUGUAGAAGUAAUGAAGGAAGUGAGGAAAAUUCACUCUUCUGAGGAUGUCAAGAGAAGUUCCGCUCCAUGUACAUAUGAUGAUGGCACAUAAGACGUGAGAGAACCUGUUUGAAACCAUAUAGUCUCACAACACGGUCCUCUGUACCAAAGAACCACUACUAGUAUUUUAUACGCAUGCAAUUCAUAUUUAAAGGAAAUGUGUGGUUUUAACAGGAGAAUUGAUCUGAUGAAUUGACAGUGUGUAUAUUGUAAAUAUACUACAAGCUACUAUUUAUUGGAGAAAAAUAAUGAAGUCUGUUAUUUAUGUGUUAACACGUUUGAGACACCAUAUAUACGUAUAGUUCAGCUGCCUUUAUCAAGGUAUUUAUUGUGGGUUUUGCUUCAGUUUUCUUGUACAUGUCAGAACUGCAUGAUAUAUAUAUAUAUAUAUACAUUCACAAAGAGCUAUUUCUUGCCAAUUAAGUAUUUUAGAAAAUUUCUCUAACAUUUAAUGUUUUAUAUUAUUUUUUGUUUUAUUUAAUUUAUAUUAUAUAUUAAUUCCCAUGAUUUUCAGCCAUUGUCAGCCAUCUUUUUGUUCUCUUUUCUAUAAGCAAAAAACACACUAGCAAAAACGAUGCCCAAAAACCAUGGAAUCAUCUUCUUGCGCAUUCCUAAGUACAGCUUUCCCAAAAAUGUGCCUCUCUGCAAAGUCUAUGUGGACACACGGUUGAAAUUCUUAUGGGCAUGGGAGAGACUAAUUGAGAUAAAGUGUUAUGCGUGUAGUGUUUGUAUUCGAGGGAUUACUCAGCCAAAACAGCAACACUUCCAGGCCAUGUUUCGCUGAAGUGAAGGCCAAACUGAGCCACCCACCAAGCAAUGAAAUUACCAGCUACAGUCUGAUGGCUGCAGUAUUUACGAGGACGCUGGGACAGUCAAAGAAUGUACAGUACAUUCUACUGUUUUAAUGGUUUUCACAUUGCAGGGUUGUGUUUUUGUCAUUUUGUGUGUGUCUGAGUUUGUAUCACUUGACCUUGUUGUAUACUUAAAUAGUCAUACGAAGAAAUUUAAAAGGUGUUUUGUUUAAUUCCCAGUAAAUCGUAUUGUGAUUUGAAAAAGAGACUGACGUAUUGGCGAUAUUUGUGUAAAUCAACAUUGUAGCUACUAGUUUGUUCCAUGUGUAACCUUUCUUGUACCUUCUUGUAAAUAGAGACCUUUUGCAGUAUCUGAAUAUAUACUGUAAAAUCCAAUUUAUUCAAUUGCAUAUUUUUGUAUUGUUUACUUACGUUUUUUAUUAAAACACAAAAUUAA